GGACCCGGGACAGGGGUGCUACGACCUCAGCUCCACUUAGCAUUUUUUUCGUUCCCAUCCACUUCCCAGUUUCUGGCCUGUCUCACGGGGAGCGGGAUCUCUAAAAAGAAGACUGAAAGAAGGCUUUUCUCCCUCUGUGGUUCUUACAAUACUUACGGCUUUUUUUUUUUUUUCCUCUCUCUCUCGCUCAUUUAACUACCGUCAAAGGAGUUCACCUGGCGUGGGAUGGUGUGGUCUCCAGACUCUGCUCCACCCGCUAGGUGUUCAUUGAUCGUGAGCUGUUAGGCCAAGCGCUAGUUGUCUGAUGUCAGGGUCCUUUGUUUAGUGUUGGGGGGCCGAGAGUGGGCCAAGGGAAGUGGCAGAACAAGCGGAGAACAGGCAAAGGCUAUGAUAUCUCUGGAAUUUAAAGACAAUAUGGAGCUCAUCAAAGUGUAUCACUGAAGAAUAUGAUGGCUGAAAACAAUUUUAAAAUGCUAAAGAUUCAGCAGCGUGUAGUAGCCAGUAAACUACCUAGAAACAGGCCAUAUAUUUGCAAUAUUUGCUUCAAGCACUUUGAAACACCGUCAAAAUUAGCCAGGCAUUAUCUCAUUCAUACUGGUCAAAAACCAUUUGAAUGUGAUGUGUGUCAUAAAACCUUUAGGCAACUAGUUCAUCUGGAAAGGCAUCAACUAACUCACAGGCUGCCUUUUAAAUGCAGUAUUUGUCAACGCCACUUUAAAAAUCUGAAGACAUUUGUGAAACACCAGCAAUUUCACAAUGAAACCUAUCAGAGUGACGUUAAGCAAGUCAGAAAACUGCUGGAGGCCAAACAAGAGCCAGUGCAUGGAGUGUAUAAUACUUUUACUACAGAGGAGAGAUGGGCAUUACACCCGUGCUCUAAGUCGGAUCCCACCUAUGGCACUACGAAGAGAAAGAAUAUUCAUGCAUGUACAAUCUGUGGCAAGAUGUUUCCGUCACAAUCAAAACUUGACAGGCAUGCACUUAUUCACACUGGCCAGAGGCCUUUUAAAUGUGUCCUGUGCAGUAAAUCUUUCCGACAGUCAACUCAUUUAAAAAUUCACCAACUCACACAUUCAGAAGAAAGACCUUUUCAAUGUUGUUUUUGUCAAAAAGGAUUUAAGAUUCAAAGCAAACUUCUGAAGCAUAAACAAAUCCAUACUAGGAAUAAGACUUUUCAGACUCUUUCAUUAAAGGUGAAGAGUCCAGAAUCAUGCCCUUUGCCUAAUAAAUUAAAUGUAAAGCAGGAUGGUUUUGAAAAUGGUGAUAUGGAUAAAUCUGAGGAGAAUAAUCCACUUGAUGUCCACUCCAUUUAUAUUGUCCCUUUUCAGUGUUCAGAGUGUGAAGAAUGUUUUGAAUCAGAAGAGAUUCUCAAUGGACACAAGUGUUUUCCUGCCAGAGGAGGCAAAAUUCCAAGCAGACUCAAAAGAAGCUACAACUAUAAAACUAUUGUUAAAAAGAUCUUGGCCAAACUUAAACGUGCUGGGGGCAAAAAAUUAGAUAACUUUCGCUCAGAAAAAAAAGCACAUAAACAUAGUUUCUUGAAAACUUGUGAUCUGAUUUCUAGCGGGCAGAACUCCGAACAAACUCAGAGAAGAUUUAUGGGUUCUCUUGGCAAACAUGGAACGUAUAAGACAGUUGGCAAUAAAAAAAAGAAAACAUUAACUUUGCCAUUUUCUUGGCAAAAGCAAUUGCAGACCCAAAAUAUGGGAAAAAAUUUGAAAGGUAUCCUUACAGCAGAAAGCAUAUUAAGUAUAGAUAGCUCAGUGAAUAAUAAAGACUUGUCAGUCUAUGGUUCAUCCACCGAGGAAUUCUUAAGUAACUGUGAAGUGCUUCAGUGUGAUUUUCCAGUUCCAAGUGAAAACAUACAUACUGGACAUAAAAUGUGUCCCUGUGAUAAAUGUGAGAAAGUAUUUCCUUCUAUAUCCAAACUACAAAGACACUAUUUAAUUCAUACUGGACAAAGGCCUUUUGGCUGUAAUGUUUGUGGGAAAUCUUUUAGGCAGUCAGCUCACUUAAAAAGACAUAAACUAACUCAUAUUGAAAAGAGUCCUUAUAGAAGAUCUCUUUGCCAAGUAGAAUUUGGAAAUGUGAACAAACUUUGCAUUCAUCCAAGUGAUAAUGCUGACUAUAGUGCUUCCCAACAAUGUCAGGGUCUUGGUUUUCAAAAAUAUGAUUCAGAGUCAGAUCAAACAUCAGAAAUAGAAGUUAAGACAGAAGCUGAGGAUUUUAUUCUCGGUACCUACUAUAGAAAUCGGCAGCCCUAUCUCUCUGAGGCACUUUUGGAAUCCGAUCAAAGCCAUCAUUGUUUUAGUUAUUCAGGGGACCCUGAGAGAAAUGAUGGCCUCCUUUACCAAUGCAGUGUUUGCUGUAAAAAUUUCCGAUCUCCAUCUAAAUUGGAAAGACACUAUCUAAUCCAUGCAGGUCAGAAACCAUUUGAAUGCUCAGUUUGUGGCAAAACAUUCAGACAGGCUCCUCACUGGAAGAGGCAUCAACUCACUCACUUUAAAGAACAGCCACAAGACAAUGUAGUUGUAUUAGAUUCGGUUAUGUAACUGUGGAAACCACUAACAUUUGUAGUCUCUGCUGGUCUUGUAUCAUUUAAACAUUUUUUAAAGACCUGCAUUAGAUUGAAUAAUUUCAUGGGAAAUUGCUUGUCCUGUGGUCAGAUAUAAAGGAAAUUAAUACAAUGUUUUAGGAGCAGCCAAAUUAAUUUUUGGAAGAGCAUAAGUUGAUACUAAGCAAUUGUUUUGGCUGUAUUGAAGUUACAAAUCCAUGAUCCUGUACAAGCAGUUCAGAUACAUUUUUAAAAGAAAUUAUUCCUUGAGCUAUGCCAUUUCUUUAGAUACACAUACUUAAAAGACAGAAAAAAAUGCCCUUUAGCUACAGUAAAUAGCAUUUAUAGUUCACUUAUUUUACAUUAAAGAAUAAUUUGUCCAACGUGGCUCAUUUUAUUAUAAGAUUUUUCUUGCAAUCUUAAAAACUAGUAAGUAUGGGAUAUGAGCAGAAAGUUAUGGCAUUAUUUUCAUUGGUCUUUUCAAAACCAUUUUUAGGAUUAUGUGGUAAUUUUACCUUCAGUUGCUCAGGUGAUGAAGAUUUGAUUUUAUUUUUAACCCAGGGUGGUAUUGAUUUCCCCAAAAGAACAUAAAAGAAGCUAGGAUGCACCUACAUACAUUUGUGUUUACUUAUCAGGAAUAUUUUUCAGGUGCCAUAAUCUUUUCAUAUAUGCAGUUUCAUCUUUUCAGAUGGAUGAAGGCAAUUCAUUUAUUUACUUGUUAAUACAGUGGUUGACACCAGUAGUCAUAAACAAGACUCAGCUUGAAGACUAUAUCCAUAAGACAUUUACUUUUUAGUAAGACUUUGUUUUAAUGCCUCUUUCAGUGGUCCUUCAACUUAAGGUUGAUCUACUAAGGUUGAUGAAAUGCCAGUGACCAUAUGUAGUUUCAGUUUUCAUUCCUCUGUGAUUCUGCAGCAUGCUAAUGCUAAUGAAUGUUACUUUGAUCACCUUUUAAUUUUAACUAGUAAAAUAAUCAUUGCUCUAUAUAGGAAUAAGAUACCUACAGAGUUGAAAGUAUAACUAGACAGAAUUGUGAUAAUUUGGGAAAGAUGUAAUCCUAAAUUAUGAGGGACAUAUUUCAUAUUCAUACAUUGUCCUUCAUAUUUGGCAGUAUUUGUAAAAUCUUUAGGAAUGACAUUUUGUAGCAAUAAAAGAAGUUUCUAAAGUAUAAAGAAAAGCAGAUGGGUAUUUAUCUUAGUACAUUUAAAUAUGGUGGAAAGCCCUCUAUUGAGAAUGUGGAUAAGUGAAUAACUAAGUUUGCAUUGUAUUAGAAGAUCUGCCAUGGGGGAGGGUGGGGCUUUGGUUGUCUUUAACCACAAGUGAGUUUUAUGUAACUUGAGUUUAAUUUAUAGAGAUGAAAUAUGAUAGUAUGAGAAAAAUAUCCAAUGAUGUAUAAAUGUGCCUAUAUUUUAAGGAGAGACAUCCAGCUGAAGCAGAAGAAAAUUACAUGCUUUAGAGCAUACGUUGUUCGAAAUAUGUUUCUUUAGUGUAAGCAAGAUAUGGUUUACAAAAUUUGCUUUACCCAAAACUUCAAGAACACAUCUAUUACAUAAAAGCAAGGAGUAACUAGCUUAUUAUUUUCUUAGAAUAAAAGUUCAAGAGUUACUUCAUUAGCAUGCCUGAAAUUAUGGCUUUUGAUAUUUCCCUAAGUUAUUAUAAAAGUUUACUUGGAGGAAAUAUUUCACAUACUCCUUUUGCAACCUAAACAGGGAGAGUUCUGAUUGUUGUGCUUGUAUGACUCUGACUUUAUUUGCCUAAGUGAUACUACUAUACUUUUUUUUUUUUUUGGUCCAUGCCUUUUUAAGCUGUUUCAUAUUGAAAGUUGGUAUAUUGUAAAAAAUUUUGUCAAAAAUGUACUGUAGUGCUAUUUGAAGUACCUGUAACAAAUACUUACUUACCUUUAUUAUCUUGCAAGCUUCUUAUGGAAACUUUGUAGAAGCAAAAAUAAAAUAUGAAUUCAUGUUAAAAAGAUGAAAUGAAUGUUAAAAGACGGUUUGCUGCAUGCUAGACCUGUUAGUGUUGUUGAAUCAAUUACUUUGGUUUUCUGGAAAAAUAAACUUUAUAAUUGAAGAGAAGUAGAAUUUUUUGUUUGGGUGAUUCCAGGCUGUGGGAAAAUUAUUUACUGGAAGAGUUUGAUUAGCUGUGUUAGUAGAAUUACUGGUGUUUGUUUUGAACUGCAAUAGGGUAGAAAAUUUUACGAUAAAAAUGUAUGUGCUGAUGGGAAGUGGAUGGUGGAUUAAAUUCUUGAAAAACAAA